UUUUCUUCAAACGCUCCUAACGUCGCCUCCCGCUCUGCUUCUUUGUGACCACCGACACGACGACAGUAACUGCAGCUACUGUGUACGAACACCAUCGGGCUCGAUAUUGGAAGAGAGGGCUUGUCCCAGACAUUUUGACACGGUUGAGACUCAAGCUAGGUGCGGAGUCGUGUGCUGACCUCCGGCUGCCAUCAUUGGGCAGAGGCGCACUGCGACCCAACGACAGAAGUACCGACAGCAACGACAGCAGCCGCGACCGGGCUACCCACGCUCGCUUCUUCCCACGACGACGGCGAUUCCAUUCUUGUCUAUCUUUUGAGCUUGGGAGUGCGGGACGAUGGACCCCGACAACAGAAUCACGAUUACAGUGUGCGGGGAUGGCGGCUGCGGAAAGAGUUCAAUCACGCUGCGGCUAGUGAGGAGCGAAUGGACGCAUGACUAUGAUCCGACCAUAGAAGAUUCGUAUUCAGUGACGCGCUCCGUUGAUGGCCAGUCCUACUUCCUCAUGCUCACCGACACGGCGGGCCAGGAGGAGUACCGCUCGCUCUGGGCAGCCUCAAACCUGCGAUCCGACGCCUUCUUGCUCGUCUACGAUAUCACGAACCAACACAGCCUUGACGGCCUCGAGUACUUUUGCGAGAUGAUCGACAUGGAGGAGGAGAACAGAAUAGACCAGGGCAAGGUGCCGCCAGUGAAGCUUGUUGCGGGCAACAAGUGCGAUCUGUCGUCUGGCCGCGUGAUAAAGGCUGCUGAAGGGCUCGAGUGGGCACGGAAGAGGCGCUGUGGCUUCAUGGAGACGAGCGCAAGGGAGAUGGUGAAUAUCGAGGAGACUUUUGCGUUACUCGUCCGCCGCGUUGUCGAAGCACGGCGGUUAGCAGCGUCUGGAGGUGUUCCUGCUACGCAUACCGCCGGAACUGCGGCCCUUCCACCUCUCGACGAAAAGGCCGGCUCGCCAUCAUCGCCGAACGAGGAGAACAAGCCGAAAGAGAGCUUCUGGAGGAAGCUGCGGUGCUGGUAGCAUUGCCUAGAAACACUGGAUCCAUCUUUGGAGACGAACUCACAUGAGUGUGUAAAAUUACAGAACGACGGCCAUGCUGAGAUGGAACAAAAAUCUGAAUGGUUGCGCCAAGGCAGUGCGCUGUCUUGGAGAUUGUUGGAGUGUUCAGUAUUUGGAUGCCAGCUUAUGGCACCAGAAAGACUUCGGCGAUAGACGUCCUGAAUUGUGUAUAGAUAUCCCGCCGGGUUUGGUGAUUUUGUUGUUACCUUGGUGGUUUUGGCGCGGCUUUUUGAUUUCUUGUAUAUGCUCGGGUUAUUUGUUACCACAUACUAAUAUCUUACUUCAAAUUGAUAUCCACAUUGAUACC